ACCCUGUAAAGUAUGUGCUAGCAGAUGAGAAACAUCAGCUGUGUGAUUUGGACUCCUGUCAUUUCGAUGUAGGAGGCCACUUUGUGUUAUAUGUUUCACUGUUUUAAGAAACCUGUCGAUAAUUUCCUUUAGAUUUCAAACCGUUUUGUUGCUGCUCCUUUGAAGUCUGUGUGUCGUGGAGACAAUGGCGAAAGAUGCAGCAAGAGUCGCUCGGAUAGUCAAUGAGGCGGUGGAGGAGGGCAGGAGCUCAUUGGACCUGUCGAACUGCAAACUAACCAGUUUUCCAGUUGCACUCUUCAAGGUUAUGAGGGAUGUACUGGCGAACAUUCAGUUCAUUUCACUGGAAAACAAUGAACUGAAAUUCAUCUCCAGUGAUUUUAUGACCAACUUUAACCAGCUCCGGGAAUUAAACCUUGCAGGUAAUGAACUGAAAAAGCUCCCUGAUGAAGUCAAAGCUUUGGCACACUUGACAACCAUUAAUCUAGCAAGGAAUAAAUUCUCUGUCUUCCCACACCAACUAACUGAACUGAAAACACUGCAAGUGAUUAAUCUGGAGGCGAAUGAGAUCACUGAGAUACCGGUUCAGAGCCUGGCGUCUAUGCCCUUCCUCAAGUUGCUGAAUAUGAAAGCAAACCCUUUGAGGAGUGAAACCCAGACUACUCAGCAGACAGUAUUAUCAUUUGAACUACUGACAGCAGAUGAAUAAACAGUUAUGUGGAUUAGACAUCAGAGCUUGUUUGGAGUGAGCAAUGCCACUGGUUCAAGGGUAUGUCCCUGGAAUACAGGAUUGUGUGUAGCAAAAUGUGGCUUUUCACAAAAGGAGGAAAUCCCACUGUGCCAAUCCAGGAAUAAUUGGAUGGUUCAAAUAAGUCAGUGUGAAUGAAGCAGUGGCUGCACUAAAGUCUCCUGGAGCCUUGUAUUCAUUGAUAGUGGCAGCUUUGAGUUUUCUUCUGAAAUGAAGCAAUUAGAUUGUUAACUAUUCUGAUUUACGAUGAUGUGAUGAUAAAGUACUUGGAUUUGACAUUAUUUUGACGUGACUGUAGUAAAGGUAAAAGGGAUUUGCUUUCUGUCCUCAGUUGUCUGUCACUCUGAGGAGUUCAUUAUUUAAAUAUCUUUUCCAGUGUAAAAUGGGGAGCACUUAACAGUUUCUCCUUUAAACUGUUGAUGUAAAAUUGUUACUGCAUGAUGGUUAAUAGUUAUGGUUUUGCAGUAAAAUUAUAAUUAAGCAUUGUGCUGAUUGAAUUAAAGAGCUGAUGUGUU